AUGAAGCAAAACACAUCCGCCGGAGGCGAAGACGGCGUCCGAGUCCGACGAAAGACGUCAUCCCGGGGCCACCACAAGUUCGUCGGAGUCCGCCAGCGCCCCUCGGGGCGUUGGGUCGCCGAGAUCAAAGACUCCUUACAAAAGGUUAGGCUAUGGCUUGGGACGUUUGACACCGCCGAAGAUGCGGCCAGGGCUUAUGACAAGGCAGCUCGACAGUUGCGGGGCGCAAACGCACGCACCAACUUCGAGCUGCCCCAGUCGGGCCCCGGGUCUGCGUUCCCCGAGAACGCCAGUGACAUGGUUGUCAAUAAGAACAACGUUGUUAUGAACGAGGAGCCUAGCUCGGUGGGCCCGGAUUCGAGCCUGGGGUGGCUGGGGGAACCUCAAUUAGGUUGGGAAUCACAUAUGAUGUGCCAAGUUGAAGAGAAUCCAUUCCUGGAUUUGGGGUACAAUUGUAAUCCUCUUAGUGAAGUGUUAGCAAUUAACAAUAAAGGAAGGAAGGGUGUGCAAGUCGAUGCUGCGUCGAGUGAUUGGGACCCACUUCCACCUUUAGAGGGCAGAUAUGGGUAUCAAGGUAGUUAUAAUUUGGUUUCAGGUAAUAUUGGGUGGGAAUCUGAGCUUAGUUAUGUUGUACCUUCUGUACUAAGUUAA